UCAUAACCUUGGAAGGGCGGGGCGUUCGCGUUCUGAACCGGAGUAGCAGGAGGAGAGAAACCUGCGGAAAACCGUUACACGGCAGCGCUGCUUUUCUUUCUGCACACCGAGCCGCUUUAACGGAAGAUUAAGGCGUGUGCCGGUGCAUCAGCAGGACAACGAUGAGCGCAUUCCGACGGCCACUGAGGCGGUAGCGCCGUUGAAUGGCUUUUGACGUUCCAGGCGGAUCGUCGGGAACGCUCGAGCCAUUUGGGCGCAUCAGCGCGUUUUUUGCGGCCGUUCGCCUCAGAUUGACAUCCAUUAUUUGAAGCGGCAGCGCGGAUGCUGCGAGCCGAAACCCGGUGCGUUGUUUUUUCCUGACAUCAGCUCAGCAUCACCCACAUCCUCGUCCUGCGCGAGGAGACAUCCUAAGACGCGCGGCGGUCGUCGACGGGAAUCUGGGGGAUUUACAGGGAUCCGGGUGUCGACCGGGCGGAGGGCGAAAUCGUCUGAUCUGAUCUGAUUCGGACUGGACUGAUUCUAAGGGGCUCUGAUCGAUAGUUCCUCUCAACAGCCGAAGCAUCAGACCGACCGUGUGGUCAAUUAGAGGUUUUCUGAGGGAAAUCUCGGCGGCGGGAGAAUGGCUGACGACGACGUGCUGUUUGAGGAUGUGUACGAGCUCUGUGAGGUGAUCGGGAAGGGGCCGUUCAGUGUGGUGCGUAGAUGCAUCAACAGAGACACAGGGCAACAGUUUGCUGUCAAGAUUGUAGAUGUGGCCAGUUUCACCUCCAGCCCUGGACUGAGUACAGAAGAUCUGAAGCGGGAGGCCAGUAUCUGUCACAUGCUCAAACAUCCUCAUAUAGUGGAGCUACUGGAGACAUACAGCUCUGAUGGGAUGCUCUACAUGGUCUUUGAGUUUAUGGAUGGUGCAGAUUUGUGUUUUGAGAUAGUAAAGCGGGCUGACGCCGGGUUUGUCUACAGUGAAGCUGUUUCCAGUCACUACAUGCGACAGAUACUUGAAGCUCUUCGCUAUUGCCAUGACAACAAUGUCAUACACAGAGACGUCAAGCCUCACUGUGUGCUUCUGGCAUCUAAAGAGAACUCUGCUCCUGUCAAAUUGGGGGGUUUUGGAGUGGCCAUACAGCUGGGAGAGUCUGGACUGGUGGCUGGAGGUCGUGUAGGAACCCCUCACUUCAUGGCUCCAGAGGUGGUGAAGCGGGAGCCGUACGGCAAGCCGGUUGAUGUUUGGGGAUGUGGGGUGAUUCUCUUCAUCCUGAUAAGCGGCUGUUUGCCUUUUUAUGGCACUAAGGAGCGUUUGUUUGAAGCCAUCGUGAAAGGGAAAUACAAGAUGAACCCGCGGCAGUGGGGUCACGUAUCUGAGAGUGCUAAAGAUCUUGUGCGUCGUAUGCUGAUGCUGGACCCCGCAGAGAGGAUCACAGUCUAUGAAGCACUCAACCACCCCUGGCUCAAGGAGAGAGAUCGUUACUCUUAUAAGAUUCACCUGCCAGAGACAAUAGAACAGCUGCGGAAGUUUAAUGCUCGGAGGAAGCUGAAGGGGGCCGUGCUCGCUGCCGUCUCCAGCCACAAGUUCAACUCCUUCUAUGGUGACCCCCCCGAAGACCUCCAUGACUUCUCUGAGGACCCCACGUCUUCAGGAUUGCUUGCUGCAGAAAGGGCUGUGUCUCAAGUACUGGACAGUCUAGAGGAGAUCCACGCGCUGACCGACUGCAGUGAGAAAGAUCUGGACUUCCUGCACAGCGUCUUCCAAGACCAACAUCUGCACAUACUGCUAGACCUGUAUGAUAAGAUCAACAGCAGAUCUUCACCUCAGAUCAGAAAUCAACCCAGUGAUGCUGUUCAGAGAGCUAAAGAGGUACACGGACAUCUUCACUUCACACAUGACAUCACUUCCUGCUCGCUGACAUCACGUCACGUCUCACGUUGUGUCUGUUCACAGGUGCUGGAGACCAUCUGCUGCUACCCUGAGAACAUGGAGGCUAAAGAGCUCAAGAGAAUUCUCACACAGCCUCAUUUCAUGGCAUUACUGCAGACGCAUGAUGUGGUGGCUCAUGAAGUGUACAGCGAUGAUGCUUUGAGAGUGACCCCUCCUCCGACCUCGCCUUACCUGAACGGAGACUCGCCAGAGAGCAUCAAUGGAGAUAUGGACCUGGAGAAUGUCACGCGUGUUCGUCUCGUGCAGUUCCAGAAGAACACAGAUGAACCCAUGGGUAUUACUCUGAAGAUGAACGAUCUCAACCACUGCAUCGUAGCCAGAAUAAUGCACGGAGGAAUGAUCCAUAGACAAGGGACGCUGCACGUGGGAGAUGAGAUCCGUGAGAUAAACGGCAUCAGUGUGGCCAAUCAGACUGUGGAACAGCUGCAGAAGAUGCUUAGAGAGAUGAGAGGCAGCAUCACGUUUAAGAUUGUACCGAGCUACCGCAGUCAGUCUUUGUCGUGUGACAAAGAGUCACCGGAUCUGUCCAGACAGUCUCCUGCUAACGGAUACUCCAGCAUCACCAGCUCCAUCUUAGAUUUACCAUCAACUAUCCAACCCAAAGGACGACCUGUGAGAUUUCAUUCAUCUUCUAUCUCCAGCGCAGCAGUCAAGGAUAAAAUAUUUCAGAAGAUAUACGUGCGAGCGCAGUUUGAGUAUGACCCCGCUAAAGACGACCUCAUUCCUUGUAAAGAAGCGGGGAUUCGCUUCCGGGUGGGUGACAUCAUUCAGAUCAUCAGUAAGGACGAUCAUAACUGGUGGCAGGGCAAACUGGAGAACACCAAGAACGCCACGGCGGGUCUGAUCCCCUCGCCCGAGCUACAGGAGUGGCGUGUAGCGUGUAUAGCCAUGGAGAAAACCAAACAGGAGCAACAGGCCAGCUGUACGUGGUUUGGCAAGAAGAAGAAACAGUACAAGGACAAAUAUUUAGCCAAACACAACGCAGUGUUUGAUCAACUAGAUCUGGUGACGUACGAGGAGGUGGUGAAGUUACCCGCCUUCAAGAGGAAAACUCUGGUGCUGCUGGGUGCUCACGGGGUCGGCAGGAGGCACAUCAAGAACACGCUCAUCGCAAAACAUCCCGAGCGAUUUGCGUAUCCCAUUCCACACACGACCAGAUCUCCUAAGAAGGACGAGGAGAACGGUAAGAACUACUUCUUCGUGACACACGAGCAGAUGAUGCAGGACAUCUCUAAUAAUGAUUAUCUGGAGUACGGCAGCCACGAGGACGCCAUGUACGGCACACGUCUGGAGACCAUCUGCAAGAUCCAUGAGGAGGGCAUGGUCGCCAUCCUGGACGUGGAGCCGCAGGCACUGAAGGUUCUGCGGACGGCUGAAUUUGCACCGUAUGUCGUGUUCAUCGCUGCUCCGACUAUAACACCUGCUAUGAGUGAGGACGAAUCUCUCCAGCGGCUGCAGAAAGAGUCGGAGGCUCUCCAACACUCUUAUGCGCAUUACUUUGAUCAGACCGUUAUCAAUAAUGAGAUCGACGAGACCAUCCGCCUGCUGGAGGAGGCCAUUGAUCUGGUGUCCAGCACCGCGCAGUGGGUCCCCGUGUCCUGGGUGUAUUAGAGGACCCCAUCCGUCAAGCUCCUCGUUGAGCGCGUCUGGCCCGCCGCGGGAACAGUGCUGUAUAUACUUAUACAUAUUAUAAAUAUCUAUAAAUAUGAAUAUAUACGUCUUUGAUCUAUGUCCUGUACUUAUAACGAUGGGGAGGGGGGGGUUGACGAUGACGUUUUCUACUGUUUUCUUUUUAAAUGUACGAGACGGCGUCUCAGAGCAAUGAUGAGCACAGUCAGACUCCGCCCCCCUCGAACCCCAUAGAGACAGAGCGCAACGCGUCAUAAUCUGAAAACCACGCCCACCAGGGGAAAACAAUCCAACCCCCUCCGUUGACUUUCUAUUGCGGGAAGCAGCCUCCUCGAUAUUUGGGAUUUAUAACGAAAACAGAACGAUGUUUAAAAACUGCUGUGUGAGCAGGGGCCCGUUUCAAUAAGGAAGUUCAACCAACACCGAGUUUAAAUCUGAACUCUGAGUUGAUUUACUCUGAGAAUCUCUACUCCGAGUUUUCAGUUUCAGAACAGCUGAUUUGAGUUCAAUCCACUCUGAGUAAGUUCACACUAGGUUACGUGCGUGCAGCAUGGCUAUAAAAAGCCAUCAUCAAUUAAGUGAAGAUAGCACGAUUCACCAUGGCAACGGCGCUCUGUUUAUUUCUCGCCAAUGGAAUUGAAGGAACUGUUACAAGUGUACAGUGAAUAUGACACAUAUUCAUAUAAAAGAGCAACACAGCCGCAGCAGCAAAAGAAAGAGAGUUAGCGUGAGAGAAAAGUGCUUCACGUGUUAAUGCCCAACUUUAUAUGUCAAUCACUUUUAUAUUUAUUUUGUUGAAACUGUGAAAAUGGGAAUUAUAUUUAACUCUCUCUCUCGCUCUUGUGUAGGUGCAAUCCUUCUGCAAUAAAAAGAUCUUGGCAGCAGCUGAAUAUGAAAUACAAUAACAUCAUUCAUUCAGGAAAGUUUAAAGAAAUAAAAUGCUCUUGCUAGUAGGAUGCCUGAGUGGGAAAUUUAAACAAAAAUUUUACUUAAACUGGCCUUAAAAGUUAAGAUAAAACGUCCAAACGGGGCCUCACAAUUCUCUCCCGACAUUAAUGUAAUUCUCUGUGAAUUAAUGCAGCUUCCUCAUCUAUGUGUUCCUGAAUAAACAGACAUGUUAUUUUAAGCUCUGUGUGACUAAAUAGAGCGAUUAGGACACAAAUCAAUAAUCAAAUGACGAAUGUAGUUUCAACACCGCUCGCGCUUCUUAAAGGGGUGAAGAUUGUAACAAACCCUGCGUUUGCGGAAUAAAACCUGAUCCCGACCAGCUUAUGUUCACGGAGUAUGUUACUCUGGUUACUCACUCGGGUUUGACAUACCUCGCGUUCUGAACCCUAAAACCCUGAGUAUUCCGUUUUCUGGGGUUGAUUUACUCUGAGUUUGCGCUUGUCCUGCUUUCUGAAACGGGCCUCAGGUGUCCAACACACAAGCUAAAAAACAUAACUACGUUUUUAUAAACGGUCGACCCCAAAAACGAGGGUUUAAGGACCCAAAAGUGAAGCGCAAUAUUGUCAUUUCUUAACUGAAACGAUGGUGGCACGUUUAUAAGCUGUUAACUAUUAUAGCUCUUGUACGCAUUCGCAAACAUAACUUCAUUGCAUAGCUUUCUGCUUUAUCGAAAUUCUAACAAAUUGUAUACUGUCAAAAUGCCACAGUUUCGAGUUUAGCUUACAGAAGUAUAACACAUAAAGCUGACAUUUGGAUAAUUGACUAAAUGACAAAAUGUUCGUUAGACAUUCCGAGUGUGUCAGGAUCUCAUUCUUCCUGCUGACGCGUCACUUGCCGGUAUCCACAGUUAUCUCCUUAAAGUCUGGCUUUUACACUUCGGUAGCUUAUAAAAACUGAGUUGUGUUCUUUAGCUUGUCUGCUGUACACCUGCUCACACAACAGCUUUUAGACUUCGUUGUGUUUUCGUUAAGUCAGAAAUGACAAGUAUGCAGCUUCUCGCAAUAGAAAGUCAAUGGAGAGGGUUGUUUCCCCUGUGUGGGCGUGGCCUAAACGCGCUCUGUUUCUAUCCAGUCCGAGCAUAGUCUGUGGGCGUGGUCAGGCUGACACGCCCACCGACAGUCGAUAAGCACAGAUGCCCGCGCGUGCGUGUUCUCGUGCUGUGCCGCUGGUCGCCUGCAGAAGAAAAGCACGAGACGGACUCAGACCUUCUUCAUACUCUGUGUAGUGACGUGUUUGUAAACUGUCCCGGGUUUGAGUUCAUGUGCAGAACGGGGACGAAAAUAUUCAUUCCUAGAUCGAUCGUUUCAUAAAAUGUGCUGUCUUCUUGUUUUACUCCGAGAGAGGAUUUUAUUGUGUGUAAAUGUUUUAAUGGUGCGUACAUUUUGCGACUGAAAUGAAGAACUGAAGUGUGUGUAUGUGUGUGUGUGUGGGCGUGCGUGCGUGUGUAAACAAUACAGAACAGACUGUGUGAAGUGUUCAUGUGUAAAUUCCUCCUCAUAUGACAGAACUGCAGUUUGUUUUUUAUCUAUUUCCUUUAAUGUGUUGAAAAAGUAAAUGGCUUUUGAAACCAUG